AUGGUGUUUGUCUUAGGGUCUUGCCCAAGCUCUUCCCCUGAAAAGAAAGAUCUGCAAUCAGUGUGUGGACGACCUGUAUACUCAGGCCGUAUUGUGGGUGGCCAGGAUGCUGUUGAAGGGCACUGGCCUUGGCAAGUCAGCGUGCGCGUGGGCGAGAACCAUGUCUGUGGAGGGUCUCUCGUCAGUGACAGGUGGAUAUUGACAGCAGCACACUGCAUAAAAAUGAGCUGGAUUCCUUUGUUUUAUACUGUACGGCUGGGAUCCAUUCAGCUAGACCAGACAAGUCAAAGUGUGAACCAUCGUGUGUUCAAAAUUAUCACCCAUCCCCAAACUCAACGUACUACUGCAGACAUCGCCUUGCUGAAACUGGUCUCUAGAGUCACCUUUACUUCUUCCAUCCUGCCCAUCUGCUUGCCCCAGAUCACAAAGCAGUUGAAAAUUCCAGCCUCUUGCUGGGUGACUGGAUGGGGAAAUGUUAAGGACGAUGAAGAUCCUGAUUCUCCCUCCAUUCUCCAGGAAGCAGAAGUACCCGUCUUUGACCGUCAGGUCUGUGAACGACUCUACAACCCAAUUGGUUCCAUGCUGCCAGAAUCAAUGCCAGUCAUCCAAGACGAUGAAAUAUGUGCUGGUGAUAUAGCUAAAAUGAAGGACAGUUGCAAGGGUGAUUCUGGAGGACCUCUGUCAUGUCAUAUUAACGGUGUAUGGACCCAACUAGGACUGGUAAGCUGGGGAUUAGGCUGUGCUAAAUCUCUCCCUGGAGUCUACACCAGUAUUAUCUACUAUCAAAAAUGGAUUGAGACCACUAUCUCAAGAGCAGAGGUCUUAGAUGCCAAUAUUUUGGACUUCUCUGACUUCCUGAACCUUACUGUACUGCUCUUUCUGGCUCUCCUGGGACCCUUCUGUGCCUUUGGGCCUAACAUUACCAGGAGAGUAGUAGACAGUAUAGCUAAAGCCACUGGCCAAGUAUAGGGUCGGGGUUGGAACACAGAGAGAUUAAGCCCCAGGAGCAGAGAACUCACAGGAGAGUCACUGGGAACCCUAGAGCACUUCAUUAAAAGAAUUAGAAAUUCCUUUGUUUCAAGGCUCUUUAUUCUGAAAGUAUGUUUUAGUGGUUGGAAUGUGAAUAGCUGA